GAUUAACGGGGCCCUAGAAGAUCUUUUCAAAAAGGCUUCUCUAGAGGCAUCCAGAAUCACUCCUAAAAACUGAAAACCCAGACUCUCUCCAGGAUGUACCUCAGCACUACAAACCACCGCAUUCCUCUAAGUGAUGGAAACAGCAUUCCUAUCAUCGGUCUUGGGACCUACUCAGAACCUAAACUGACCCCUAAGGGGACCUGUGCGAAGUCAGUGAAGAUCGCCAUCGAUUCAGGGUACCGGCACAUUGACGGGGCUUACAUCUACCAGAAUGAGCACGAAGUGGGGGAGGCCAUCAGGGAGAAGAUAGCAGAAGGAAAGGUGCGGAGGGAGGAUAUUUUCUACUGUGGAAAGCUGUGGGCUACAAGGCAUGACCCAGAGAUGGUCCGCCCAACCCUGGAGAAGACACUUAAUGUCCUUCAGCUAGAUUAUGUGGAUCUUUACAUCAUUGAAAUACCCAUGGCUUUCAAGCCUGGAGAUGAAAUCUAUCCUAAAGAUGAGAAUGGCAAAUGGUUAUAUCACAAGUCAAAUCUGUGUGCCACUUGGGAGGCUUUAGAAGCUUGCAAAGACGCUGGCUUGGUGAAAUCUCUCGGAGUAUCCAAUUUUAACCGCAGGCAGCUAGAGCUCAUCUUGAACAAACCAGGACUCAAAUAUAAGCCAGUCAGCAACCAGGUUGAGUGCCAUCCAUAUUUCACCCAGCCAAAACUCUUGAAAUUUUGCCAACAACAUGACAUUGUCAUUAUUGCAUACAGCCCUUUGGGGACCUCUAGGAAUCCAAACUGGGUGAAUGUAUCUUCCCCACCUUUGCUAAAGGAUGAACUUCUAAACGUACUGGGGAAAAGGUACAAGAAGACAGCAGCUCAAAUUGUUUUGCGUUUCAACAUCCAGAGAGGAGUGGUUGUUAUUCCUAAAAGCUUUAACCCUGAAAGGAUCAAAGAAAACUUUCAAAUCUUUGACUUUUCUCUCACUGAAGAAGAAAUGAAGGACAUUGAGGCCUUGAAUAAAAAUGUCCGCUUUGUGGAGAUGCUCAUGUGGUGUGAUCAUCCCGAAUACCCAUUUCAUGAUGAAUACUGACUUCAUAAUGCUCCUGAACUGAUUUUUCCCUCCCAUGCAUGCCAGAACCUUGGGCUGGGUGGUUCCCCCAGAGGAAGAAAUUUAAAA